AUGGACGGGAUGCAGCGGGGCGCGAGCAGAGCCGCUGGAGCCUUCGAGCCGCUCGCGUUCAUCCAGCAGCCGCACACCGGCCUCCGGAUCGUGUCCUGGCUCUUCUCGUUGGUGAUCUUCGGCUGUAUCGCUAACGAGGGCUACAUCAACAGGCCUGAUGAGGUCGAGCAGUUCUGCAUCUUUAACCGGAACCAGAACGCCUGUAACUAUGCGGUCAGCAUGGGCUCGCUGGCCUUCCUCUGCUGCAUGGCCUUCCUUGCUUUAGACGCCUAUUUCCCUCAGAUCAGCAGCGUCAAAGAGCGCAAGAAAGCCGUGCUGGCCGAUGUGGGAACCUCAGCGUUCUGGUCCUUCGUUUGGUUCGUGGGCUUCUGUUUCUUGGCCAAUCAGUGGCAGGUGGCCAAACCGGAGGACAACCCGCUGCGGUCGGGUGCAGACGCGGCGCGGGCCGCCAUCACCUUCUCCUUCUUCUCCAUCUUCACCUGGGGAGCUCUUACACUGGUCUCUCUGGAGAGACUCAAACGAGUGUGUUUUGAAGAGGAGUAUGAGGAACUCUUUACCCAGCCCUGACCUCACACACACACACUCACUCACUCACACAGACACACACACACACUCACUCACUCACACAGACACACACACACACUCACACACUCACACACACACACACAUGAAUAAACACGUUCCCUCCGAGUGUGUGUGAGACUCGAGCCUCAGCGGUCAUCUCGAGGAAUGAAUCCAUCUCAGAAGCUCAUUAAAGACUCAGAAUCAGAACUGAGAUGCAGAAUUAACGUUUACAUGCCGCUCAGAUCUUUACCGCAGCUCCAGGUCAGGAUUCAGCAUGUUUUCGGCAGUCAGUGAAAACAUACUGAUGUAAUGCGCUGCUCUGCAUUGAGUAAAGUUAAACAAUCAGUCUCUGGCAGAAGUGUGUUCGUGAAACAACGUUCACAACCCAUUUAAUUUCCAUAAUGAGGCUUAUUUCCAAGUCAAACGGGAUAUUA